AUGGAGUCGAUUAUUUCCAAACUUUUGCUUCUGGAACCAAUGCCAGAAUACAGCCUCUGGGAGGCGGGGAUACGCAAGCCGCACCGGCAGCGCUUGCCAAAUAGAACCAUUCCGACUACGAACAUCUACCCCUCGCCUCUCAUCGCUAGCCUCGCUCUGGAAGCGAUCAGCGGUUGCCAGCUCAACUUUUCGGCGAACCAUCCGAAAACCUUAUCCUCCAGAAAGGGCUGGAACGAGGAUCAGGGCCAGAACAACGAUGAUGACGAGCCCUUGGUCCAAGCAUACCUAGACAAGAAGACCAAUCACUUCCUUGCCGGGUCGCUGCGCGGGUGGGAGCCGUCAUCGUCACAAGCUAAGCUCGCUCCCUUCUGGCUGUUUUGCUUUUCCGACAUCACCAGUUUUGCCGUCGUCCCAAUCGCUCGAUCUCAUCUCAAGUCAGACCUUGUCGUAACCAUUACAGAUCACGGCCUGACGCUUCGGUAG